CGCUGCCCUUGUGCAUGACUUGGAAGGCUUAGCCUCCUGAAGAGCCUACAAGCCUACACUCCGGGACAAUGUUGCCCAGAUCUUGCCUGUGCGAGUAUCUGAAACAUGGCGGAGAGCGAGUUAAACGUUGACAGCAUCAUCUCUCGACUACUGGAAGUGCGAGGAUGCCGUCCAGGGAAGGUCGUACAGAUGACAGAGGCUGAGGUGCGGGGGCUCUGCAUCAAGUCCAGAGAGAUUUUCCUCAGUCAACCGAUCCUGCUAGAACUAGAGGCGCCACUCAAAAUCUGUGGUGACAUCCACGGUCAGUACACAGAUUUGUUGAGGCUAUUCGAGUAUGGUGGCUUCCCUCCGGAGGCGAACUAUCUUUUCCUGGGGGAUUAUGUGGAUAGAGGGAAGCAGUCGCUGGAGACCAUUUGCCUGCUGCUCGCCUACAAGAUCAAAUACCCAGAAAACUUCUUCUUGCUCAGGGGGAACCAUGAGUGUGCCUCCAUCAACCGCAUCUAUGGCUUCUAUGAUGAGUGCAAGCGCAGGUUCAACAUAAAGCUCUGGAAGACCUUCACCGACUGUUUUAAUUGUCUGCCUAUCGCUGCAAUUAUUGAUGAGAAGAUUUUCUGCUGCCAUGGAGGGCUCUCACCUGAUCUGCAGUCCAUGGAACAGAUCCGACGCAUUAUGAGACCCACUGAUGUCCCAGACACAGGCUUGCUUUGUGACCUGCUGUGGUCCGACCCAGACAAAGACGUUCAGGGCUGGGGAGAGAACGAUCGAGGAGUUUCUUUCACCUUUGGGGCCGACGUCGUCAGCAAGUUUCUAAACCGUCACGACCUGGACCUCAUCUGCCGAGCACAUCAGGUUGUUGAAGACGGCUACGAGUUCUUUGCCAAACGACAGCUGGUGACGCUGUUCUCAGCCCCCAACUACUGCGGGGAGUUUGACAACGCGGGCGGCAUGAUGAGUGUGGAUGAGUCCCUUAUGUGCUCCUUUCAGAUCCUGAAGCCGUCAGAAAAAAAAGCUAAGUACCAGUACGGAGGGGUGAACUCAGGGCGCCCGGUCACCCCGCCACGCACCACUCAGGCACCGAAGAAGAGGUGAGCGGCUGGCCCUGACUCUCCUACUCCUCCCCCCCGGCUGGUCUCUGGCCCUCGUUCCUGCAGGCAGCCUCAAACACUCCAGCCCUCUCUCAGUCAGCUUGUUCAUGUGUAAACAGAAACUCCAGGAGUGUUUUUUGCUUGUUCUGUGGGUAUUUUUAUGAAUAUGUGAGUGGUAUUUUCUCCAUUUAUUUCGAUGCCAUCAGUAUGUAUUAACUCAGCCCUCACUUCUACUACUCAGUCCAUUCAGCAAUAUUAAAACCAGACUCUUGUGGAGUUGGCAAGAUGUUAGGAAAAGAUGCUUCUCUGCGCCUUCAGAUUUCCAUUGUGAUUUUGUGAAUGCAUGUAUGCGUGAGACUCAGAUGGGUUCCUUGUCUUCGACAACCUAAGAUCCAUGAACUCUCCCAGACCUGUCUCACCCUGAUUUGCCUAAACUUCCAAUAAUUAGCCUAAUUACUGCCAUUACCCCCUUAUAUACUAUUAGCUACUUUACUGCUUAAAAGUAUAGUUUGACAUUUUGUGAAAUAGUCUUAUUUGCUUUCUUGACAAGAGAGAAGUUCAAUACCACUCCCAUGUCUGUCAAAUAUGAAAGAAAUACCAGCAAUAGAUUUAUCUUAAACUUAUCUUAGCACAGACUGGAAACCGGUGGGAACAGUUCACCUGGCUCUGUGCAACUGCAGCAAAAUCCACCUACCAGCUCUUUAAACAAACGAUAUACAUGUUAAUUGAAGUGUAAAAAGAAAUCAGUAUGUUUCACUAUUACAGUCAGGCAAGUAACCUUAAAAAAACUAGUUUUUUGACUGUCUUUGUAUGGAAACACAACAGAAAAGUGUUCACUGACGAGCUUUAGAUGAUCAGAAUUGGUGCUAAGCUGGCUGUAGCUUCAUAUUCAAUGGACAGACAUACUUGCCAACCUUGAGACCUCAAAAAUAGGGAGAAUUUCAUAACCAUAGUGGCGUUCAUGGUGUAAAGAAUGAAAAUAACCAAAUAAUAAGUAAAAUGAAAAAGCAUUUUCAUGUCAAACAAUUUAAAUUCUGUGAAACCAAUGCAGAAUAAAUCGCCCUCUUGUGCAAAUCUGAGGCAUAAAGUUAAAUGUAUCACUUGACCUCCAUGACUGACAGCAAAAAUCCAUGUGGCAGAUUUUACAGCUGCUUUCCUUUAAAACUUUACAUAAGAAAUGGGAAAUUCUUCCCCCAGGGAGUCAGGGAUACAUUUCUCUAAAUAUUCUUUCUCCUCUCCAUGUCUCUGGCCCCCCUCACACUGUAGAAACAGGUUGAGAGAUUUGUGACCGUGGGAGGAAACCUGGAGAGGGCAAUGAAAAUCAGUAGGGUUGGCAAGUAUGUGGAUGGACACGAUAUAACAUAAUAAAAUCUUCUCAGCUAACUCUUGAAAUCUUUGCAACACAAACAGAUUUUUCCUUUUUAUAACUUCGACAUUGCCAUGACUUUCCCUUCGACUCAAGAAUGUUUUUCUCCCAGCGGAGGUAUCAAAAAAAUCCUGAGAUUUUGACGAUAUAAGUGCAAUAAAUAUUGCUAAAACUCUUGCAAUAUGCAAGUAUAAACAUUUGUAAAGCCUGCUUUAAAAAAAGGACACAGCCAGCUAAUGCUGUACCUUUUAUCAGGGCAUUCAUACAUUGUAGAUGCUCUACAUUAGAUCAGUGUUUCCAGCCUUUUUCAUAAGCAACACCAAGCUCUGAAAUUUUGUAACCCUCAUAUCACUGAAGGACUGUUUGCGGUUGAGUAAUGCAAUAGCAUUUUCAGUUUUGAUGUCAGUCUGUGUCUGUGGAAACAAAACAUGAGUACCCACUUCGAGUUUGUGUCCUUAAGUCUGUUGAGUACAGUAGGUGUGUAGAAAAGUGGAGACGGAUGUGCCAGUGCAAGAGAAGAUGGUGAAGAAAGUGGCGUACAGUACAGGGUUAAGAAGUAGUUGUCAGUAGACUCGUUUUUUUUUUCAGUAGAUGUCGAGCUCUUACACACUGAACAUCGUUGCACUUCCAGUCAUUGCAUGACAUUGUAAAGGUCAAACCAUCAAGUCAAGACGAUGGCAUUCUGUUUGUUGUUCCCACUUCCUGGUCCUUGAAUGAAGUAAAUCAUUACCAGCUCACUAACGAACAUUUAACCGAUGUGUUUUUAUUUAUUUAAAUCUUGCCUUUUGCCUUGUAAAUCUGUUGGUCUUCAAGUUGGAAACAGUAUGUUGAGACAUUUUGAGAUUUGUAAGAGUUUGUUUCAAACAAGUGAAAUAAAUGGAAGUGCUGUUGA